AUGUCAAGUGUCUUCCAAUAUCUACAUUCACGUUUCUCCUCAAAUAAUAAUAAUAACAAUAACCAAAUAUCGAAUAUUAUUACUGAAAAUGGAGGAGGCAGUUCAGUUAAUUCUAGGGUUGUAAACCUAGACGUUGUCAGUAUUAUGUCAGAACAUAAUGUGGAUGACGAUGAUGACGAAGAAGAAGAAGAAGAUUAUGAUGAUGAAGAAGAAGAAGAAGUAAGUAACGCAGAAAUGGCAAGAUAUUUCCAGAGCUUUCGAGAAAAGAAGAAUAUAAGCACUGAUUUAACCUUUAGAGUGUGUCGAAUGCAAGCUAAUGAUGUUCAACAACAAGCGGGUAUUACUUUAGACGAUCAAAAGAAAAGACGUACUAGAAGUGAUGAAGUCCCUUUAAUUUACAACAAGAAGAGACAAAACAUUCAAACUGAACUUGAAGUAGAAUCUAAACCAGUAGAAUAUGAUGAUAAAUGGUUAAGAAUUCUGAAAGGUAUUAAUAGACGUAAUUUUAACACCGGUAGAAAAUAUAGAUAUAUAGAAGAGAGGAUUUGGAAUAAUACUGGUAUUAAUUCGUUACCAUCUGUUGAGUUACCUACAAUUGAUUAA